AUGGCAGCAGACGGCGACUCGUUCCUGCCCCGCAUCCAAUCCAUCUUCUACGCCGUCUUUGACGAGCGACAGGGCCCAAAGAUCAUCUACCAAGUCCCAGAAGGUCUGAUUUUCUCCAAUCCUGGCUUGAAACGCUCUCUAUCUUCUGGUCGAACCCUGUUCAAUUUCGAUGACAUUUCGAAAUACGUCAUUCCCCCGAGCGCACUCUGUGGAAGGUUGAUUAUAUGUGCGACCAGAAAAUAUCGAAUAGUCGGGUUUCCCACUCAGCUGAAAGGGAAAUAUAAGCGGAAUUAUUUCAGGUUCAAUCUGUGCUUCGUCUUCGAUCGCUCGGCGGACUUGAGUUGCUACGAGCCAAUCGUGCGCAAAGUCAGCCGCGUUCUGGCUGCUUGCGAGGAGGAGUCGUGUUUUCUUUCUUCUUCAGAAACCUCCUUCAAGAUGCACGCGAUCAUUGAGCAACUUUACGAGGACCUCAACUCUUAUUCUGAGACUUCCAUCCCUGUCGACCAAUUCAACUCGAUAGAGCUGAAAAUAUUCCCAUUCUAUCCGAAUCCACCAGACGUUAAGGACUGGAUGGUUCCACUAUCGCUUAUCAACCUGGAGAGGAUCAUCGAGCCGAAUUGGGAUCUCACUAUGGCCAAGGUUUGUCAAUAUAUAGAUGGAACGAACCAUGUCAGCCGCAUCGCCGACUUGGCCGACUGUGAUAUUGAGCUUACUCGUCAAGCCAUUUCUCAUCUUUUAUAUUAUCAAGUAAUCAUGACUAUUGAUAUCUUCCAGUAUUCAAACACUUAUACCCUCCGCAAAAGCGUUGAAUGGCUUGCUGAUGAACUCCACGUGAAAGAUGAAUGUGGCCCAUAUGUCGUAAAGCCCGGGAGGAUGAUUCCUGACUGGCCAAAACUACUGUACCUCUACUCGCGUCUCAAACCCGGAAGGACUGUUUUUGAGUGGAUGCACGACCAUGACGUGCGUGGUCUUGGUAUUGAUGUGCGGCGGUUCACUAGCUUUGGCGUCAUCAAGGGAUUCCUGCGGCGCGUGCACCGCUGGCCUAUUCUCCUCCCUGACCCCGAUCCUGACCUUCCUCAAAAACCCAAGCAAUCCCCUUCUCCCCCUUCGCCCUCGAAUCGCAAACGAUCUACAAGCCUCUCUACCCCACUCCAUUAUACAGAACUGGCGUCGCUGUUGGAUGGGGAACAUCAUACAGACGAAUUGUGUGCGAAAUUUGAGGUCGGAUGGCCCAUGAUGGAGCAGUGGUUGAUCGCCUUGGGUGCGGGAAAAGGAGACGGGGAUUUCGGCAAGGUGCUGAUCAUCUACAGAUAG